AUGUACGAAGCGAGGAAGGAGAAGCAGACUGGAUCAUCAAAGGUUCCACAUAUUACCAAUGAUUCAGCAUAUCUCAAACCAUGCAAUGUUAUGUUCAUAAUUCAGCUGAGGUAUUUUCCGAAUGCAGCUUCUCAGAUUUCUCGUGUUGAGGAUGGUUUUUUAGAGAAUGGAGAUGCGAGAGAGCAAAGAGAACAGGCUCUUUUGUUGCAUAGUGAAAGGCUUGCAGUCGCUUUUGGUCUUGUUUGUACUAAACCGGGUGUGCCUUUGCGUGUAUUUAAGAACCUUCGGAUAUGUUCUGACUGUCAUUUGGCUAUGGAGUUGGUUUCUGAUAUCUAUAAGCGAGAAAUUAUAAUUAGGGAUCGUAAUCGCUUUCAAUGUUUUAAGCAUGGACGAUGUUCCUGUGAUGAUUAUUGGUGA